CUAUACAUACGUAGGUGUACAGAAUGUUGAUAGUCUCGAAACACCUGGUUGCUGGGUAAGGCCCUUGUAUGGCGCAAUCACAUACACAAGGUGCAUUUGAAACGAGAAGGGUUUUGACAGAAGCGAAAGAAGGCUGUGGGUAGACAUGUCCUGCAUGCACGCCGGCAGCACGAUGGAUGAGGAUUGCAAAUGCGUGUGUGUAGUGUAGGAUGCGGCACAGUGCACAAGGGGGGACCCAGGGAAACGGAUGGCAGCGACAGGCGCCAUAUCUUGAAGACACACGGCAACCCGUGUCCCAGCAGAAGCGUGUCAACUGCCGCUGCAAGGCGGACCCCAACACAAGCACCCGCGUUAAGGCGCUGAUUUCACAGUGGCAGGCGAGUCGAAACAAAGCAGGGCAGAGGGCGGCGGAAGAGUCCAUCCGGGCGCAGCAUCAGCGGCGAAUGGUAUGGUUUUGGCAUGGUUGUGGUAUGGCGGCUACGCAAUGUGGACGUCAGGGGGGCCCGUUCCAGCCCUCACCGGUCCUUUUAUUUUUUAUUUUUUUUCCUUCGGGGAAAGCGGGCAGACCAGAGGAGGAGAGUGAAACUCACGAGGUGCAUGGCAUGGGGGGAGGGGCGGACAUGGGAUGUCGGCGGACAGGCGCCACGACACACUCACGGCGAGCGGGUCAGAGGCUGCUGCACUGCUGCACGACAUGGCGCUUGUGUGCCUGUGUGCCGGCGGGCCUUGGCAGACUGGCAGGGUGACGGCAGCUGGACACACAGGCGGGCAGAGCAGCCCACUUUGACGCCCACCCAGCUCCGGGUAUCAUCCACACUCCCAGAUCCGGGAGCGCAACCGCAAGUGGGACUGGAGCUUAUUCC